AUGGAUAUGCGCAACCUCCACAACCAGGCCUCUCCAGUCACGUCGUCACCAGGCUUGGAUAUUUCCGGCACGAUAGAUCCUCGCAUUCACGAUGCCCUGCAACAUAAUAAGUCUUCGUCUGGUCUCAACGCCGAUGGCUUCCCCUCGCCGUCAAUCGACAUUCCCACCCCCAUGGACGGCCUCAUGCAGAUGAACAAUGAAAUGGUGGCUAAUGAUGCCUAUGCUUGGGCUGAAGCGGGACUUGCUCCCUUCGACAACCUGUUCUUUGGGACGUCCUUCACGUUCGAUCACAAUGACCUUUCUAUGCCUUCCCUUGGAUCCAUAAGCGACAUUUCCACUGCCUCAGAACCCAUGAUGGCCUCCUCGUCAAGGGGCUCGAUUGAUCGCACCAAUGAUACAAGCAUGGCUGCAAGUCUCAACAACGAUCCGGGUCCCUAUAAGAUGAUCGACAUGAGUCUGAUUGUCGAGGCUGAGAACUCAGUGGCUGAAUUCAGCGCGGUCAUUGCUGCCGAGGCCGCCUGGCCGAUGGCGCGAUGCAGUCAGCCCAUGUACAGCGGCCGUUGCCCUCGGACAGCCAUUGUGCACCUCGAGGCCUUGGAGUCAAAAUCAAGGGAAGAGGGGACAUGGACUGCUUUACAGAGCUACCUGAACCGUGCUGCGCUCGACGGUGACUCGAACGCCCUUCCUCAAGUCAAGCCGCUUUCAGCAAACUCACGAGAGCAGAUGCUGGCCAUCACCCAGAGUUUCUUGCACAAAGCCCUCGAGAUCCACCGUGGAGGAUUCAGCAUGUAUGCAAAGACAAACUUGAUGCAACAUGGUCGAUUUCCAUUUAACUUCAUUGUUCUUCCGCCCUCCAACAUUGUGGAGUACUUUCUCGGCAGCUAUGUCCGAAGUCUUACGGUGUACUUCUCCCUCGUUCAAUGCCAUAUUAUCGACCCGAAUGAGAUGUUGUACAAUACCCAAGCCUCGACAUUGCUUGUCCUUCUCAUGAUCGCACAAGGUGCAGCUGCCGUACCGAUGGCAGAGGCGAGGUUUCUCUCUGGUGGUCUCAUUGAGACGUGCCGGAUCUCUCUCUUUGACAUUAUCGAGAGAGACGUGGAGCUCUCGGCAGAUCCCAUCGUGCUACGAUGCGCGCUGCUCUUUACCUUACUCGGUGCGUGGUCCGGGGAUGCAUGGCUCAUGAACAUAGCUAUGGGCCAGCGGGGGAUGUAUCUCUCGAUGCUUAAGCACGCUGGGAUGCUGGAUCAGCAACCUUCCAUGAUCCCCACCCUCUCGACUGCGACAAGCCCAAGCCUGCAGUGGCGAUCCUGGCUCCAGCGCGAAUCGCGGAAUCGCCUAGUCUACAAUUUCGUCAUGAUCGACCAGGAGCUCAGUCUUUUCCACGACUGCUCUCCGAUUCUCUCCAUCGCAGAACUCCAGUGUCCACUUCCAGGCCCCGAGGCGUUGUGGCAAUCACCAGAUGCCGAAAGUUGGUACACCAGUGCACAACACCUGUAUGGCUGCACGGCAAAUGUGAACCCUCAACUUCUUUCGUCAAAUUCACUCACGCCAUCACUGUACGACAUUUUCCAAGAUUUCCUUCAUGACAAUUUAACCCAGCGACGAUACAACUUUUCGCCUCAACACUUGAGGCUGUUACUACACCCGCUCCAAUCGCUCCUAUUCCACUUACGGCAGGUUCUCUCCUGCUUCUCAGAUGUUUAUGGCGUCCGUCGCUCUCCCACCCGGACGAUCUGUAAGACCUCGACUGCAACGCGUCUGGACGAGGUCCAGGAGCUACUCGAGAAGUGGUACGAGCUCUGCAUGGAGCUUCACGCCUCGAACCCCGAGUGCGAGGUUACCCGCUGCAACCUGGUGCUUUAUCAUCUCGUCUCGCUCAACCGGGUCGCCCACUUUCCAGAGAUCGAGCGCCUGGCCCGGCGCGAGGCCUUUGAUGGCACCCCCUGGGAGUUGAGCCUCAGGCAUAAACGGUGCAUCUCCCACCGCGAGGAGGCCAUCUUCCACUGCGGCCAAGUCAUUCGCCUGAUCGAGGCCAUGCCGGUCGAUAGGAGACCCCCGUGGUGGGCUGCGGCGCUGUACCGCGCCACACUCAUCCUGUGGACGGAUUCUCUCGUGCGCGCCGACCCUAGCUUCAAGGGGGCCGCGAACAGCGGCAACGGGCCGGGAAUGAUUAUCAUCAACAGGGUCUUGCCUGAGGACCCUAAUGGGAUCCCCUAUAUGUGGGGAGAGUACCCUUCAACGAUCGUGCUGUCGUGCAGAGACGGGUCUACAGUCAGCUUGGAUCGCCCGACUGAGGUUCUUGCCUUUGGCGUGGACAUUCUCAAGCAAAGUGCAAGCACCAGAUUCGUUGAUGGCCUGAAGCGAAAGCUUGUCGCCCUGGCCGAGACCUGGGAGCUUCCUAGCUAUGGUGUGGCCUUCCCUCCCUGA